UUUGCUUCUUCAUCUCUAUUUAUACCCCAUUCUCGCCGUUACUUUCAUCAUAAUUCCAUUCAUUUCUUGAAAAUCUUUGUUUCUUUCAACUCUCUCUGAUUUCUUGUUUCAGCGAUGGAAAAAGAAAAUCGGACUAAUGUUUUUGAUAAUCUUGAAACACCCCGCUCUAAUCUGUCUAUGAAUUUUUCUGUUAAUGAUCUCUCCGGUUCCAUUCGUGAUCUUUCUUUGAAUAUUUUCCCAGGAUCUUACUCUGAUGGAGCAAGUAAUAAUUCCUUGGGUUCUUUCUCUGAAUCAUCAUCAAGAACUCAAGAAGCCAGUCCUGAUAAUCAAGAAACUCGGUUGGAAAAUUCAAGAACCCUAAUGCCAACACCAUUGUAUCAGGAUAAUAACAUCUGGGCUCUCGAUCAAUCAACAAACAAUGGUCUAGGUAACGGUUCUAACUAUUGUUAUUUCUCGCAUAAUCAAGAACCCGGUCGUAACGAUAAUGGCGAGUUUUUGCUAGAAGGAGAGCAUCUGAUUCAGUAUGCUACGACUGUACAGGGUUCAAGAAACCUUCAGAAUUUAUUGGCAUCCACCGAACUCUAUUCAGUAACUGAAAUUCUUUAUUUUGCAAGUGAUAUGCUAAAUAGGGUUCUUGAUUUGGUUCAUGACUUGCCUGUAAUCUACUAUCUCAUGCUUCAUCAGCAAGGAUGUUAUGUCUGUUCCAAGCUGGUUGAUGCAUGCAAUCCCCAACAAUUGGAACUCAUUUUGUACACGAUUACCCGAAAUCCGAAUCUGUUUGUUGAAAUUUGCUGUAACAUUCAUGGUCAAAAGGUGAUCAAGAAGUUGACAAAGAUAGUAAAGAACACACCCUUGGUAUAUUAUCUGUUAGACACUCUAUAUAUGCAGUUUAAUCAGCUGAUGAUCAAUCAAGUCGGAUUAUAUGUUAUCAUCUCUUGCUUGGAUUGUCUUAAUGUUGAACAGAACACUUUCCUGUGCGGAGCUGUUAUUGAUAAUUGUCUUCUCCUGUCGACCAAUAGAAUCGGAUGUGUAUCUGUGAACAAUUUCAUUGACAGAAUCCAAGGUUCUCAAAGGCAUAUGCUGCUCCAACUGAUUGCCAACAACGCGGUUUUUCUUUCACAGGAUCCUUGGGGUAAUUUCGUUGUGCGGAAAGUUUUAGGACUUGAAAAUCCCAUUUACAGUGCAAUUACAGGGGCUACUUUAAGAGGUUACUAUGCGACGCUAUCUGUACAAAAAUGGGGAUGUCAUGUGGUCGAAAAAUGCUUGCUGUCGCAGGCUGUCGUGAUUUACGUAGUUGACGAUUUACUAAGGUGCAGCGCGAACCAACUGUUGCAAAUUGCGAGAGAUCGAUUUGGUAACUUUGUGAUCCAGAAAGCUUUGGUAGCUACUAAGAAAGGGAAUAGUGGUCUCCACCUGAUACUUUUGAAAAGGCUCGAACCAUCGCUCGGAGUUCUGCAGUAUGGAUAUGGGAAGAAUGUCUACAGUUUGAUCACCCGUGGAGUUCCAAUUAAUGAGAUUAUAUAGUUGGCUUUGCAUAUUAUUACUGUGCAGAUACUCUGUUCUUUCUUUUUUGGGUUAUUUUUAGAUGUGUAAAGUUUUAGUCAUAUGUUUGGUAGGUACUCUUCUGCAGUUUAGUUUUCAAAUGUA